UCAACGUGAAUGUUUGUUUCUCUCUCUCUCUCUCUCUCUCUCAAACACACAGAGGCAGUAGUCUCUCUCUCUCUCUGAAAGAAUGAGCGGCGGCCGCGGUGGUGGUGGUGGCGGGUCUAGGGUUCCGAUCCCCAACAAUGUACGGAAAACCAUCCUCGACAUCAGAGAGAUCACUGGAAAACAACACACCGACGAUGAAAUCUUCUCCGUUCUUAAAGAAUCAAACAUGGAUCCCAAUGAAACUACUCAAAAGCUUCUCUAUUUAGAUACUUUUCAUGAAGUAAGAAGCAGACGCGACCGCAGAAAAGAAGGAUUGAGCAGCAGGGUUUCUGAGGAGUCUAGAUCAAAACAACGUGGACCGGGGAGGGGAGCAAGAGGUUUUUCGGGGGGCUAUUCCUCAAACUUUCCUGAUGGUGGUGGUGGUGGGAGGAACCUUCCUAUUCGAAGGGAAAAUGGAGUCCAUCACAUUGCAGAGAGAACUCAUGCUUCCUCUACUCAGCCAGAUUUACAGAAAAACACUAAUGCAGCACCCCAAGCCUCAAGAGGUUCAGCUGUUGCACCCCGUAGUGCUGCAAAUCAAUCCAAUGGGAAGUCUGGUCAUGGUUCUUCUGGCCAAUCUCUCAUAGGUAGUGUUGUUAGUGUCCCACAAAGCAGUUCAGCUUCUAAUGACACUGUCAAUCAAGAAACUGUGCAACCUCAAGCUGUUGUUGUUGCAGCAACCACAUCUCCCACUCAAACCUUUGCCUCAAUUACAAGAACUGACCAAGGAAAAUCUCUCUCGAGUUCUGAUCAACAUCAAAUUUCUGUACCGGGUGUUUGUUCCUCUUCAGAUCCUGUGCUGGCACCAUCUAUCUCCCAGAUUCCUGGUGUUGGCGGUGCUGUCAGUAGGGAAGUAGGGAGUGACCGGAUAUCUGCUGGGCCAAAUCAUGUUAAAGGAAACAAACUUGAAGAAGCUGGUGAUUUAUCAGCAUCCGAGAAUGAUAAGUCCGGGUCCAUGAAUUCAACAAGCAACCCGAAUGCUAUACCAAAGUCAAAUGAAGUUGAAAGUAACCGGUUAUCUGAGCCCUUGCAACUCUCAUCGUCUUCAUCAUUGACUUCCAGUUGCGUUAGCCAACCGCCUCAAGAUGUUUCUAAAACAGCCAAUGUCAAAGAGGUCUCAACUUCAGAAGCUCCUGUGCAGUCAACUGAGUUGAGGCAACAUGUUACUUUUCCAAACCAUUUCCAAGUGCCUGAGGCUUUAAAAGGUGGUCUGACAUUUGGAAGCUUUGAUACUUUUGAUCCAAGUGAAAAAUCUAGCAGUGUAACUGGUUGUGACAAUAGCACUUCUCCCACUACUGAAUUUUCUUCAGUGAAUGCUGAAACUGUUAAUUCAAGCAACCAAAGCGCGCCAUUGCCCGAACACGGAGAUCAUCUUGAUCAUGCACAUUCUUCAUCUUAUUUAAUUAAAGAGGCACUGGCUUCUGAAGGCAUAUCUAUAACUGGUAAUGAUUCAAAGAUUGAGCAGCCAAAGCAGGAGGUAUUGUUAACUCCCGAGGGCCAUCCAAUUCUGACUGUUCAAAGUGCUCAAAACUAUGGUUUGAAUUUCAUGUCUACCAUGUUAGGGACUCAGCAAGUUCAAUUUGAGGGUAGUGAGCUUCAGGCGCAAGAAACACCACACUUCCCUUCCUUUGUUACUGCAAGUUCUCAGGCUGUGUCUCCCAGCCCAACUCCACCUCUACAGAGCUCUAUACCCGUGUCUCCACAGCCCGUUUCUUAUUUUAGGCCACCAUACCCAGCUAACUUCUUCCCAUAUGGCCCCUAUUACCCCCCAAUUUACCUGUCUCCAAUGCAUCAAUUUUUAAGCCACAAUGGUUUCCCUCAACAGCCACCAGCUGGAAACAUGUAUCUACCAGCCGCAGCUGCAGCUGCUGGGAUCAAGUUCCCUCUUCCGCAAUUCAAGGCUGGAGCGAACUCAGGAAAUAUGGCUCAUAUUGGAAUUCCUUCGGGAUCAUAUAUCACUCCACCUGUUGGAUAUGCUCCUAGUCCGACUGUGAAUACUGGAAGCUCUGCCGGAAAUGAAGAUACUGCAGUGUCUCAAUUGAAAGAAAACCAGAUCUAUACAACUGGACAACUGAGUGAAGGCUCUGCUGUGUGGAUACAUGCACCUGGCCAAGAUAUAUCCGGUUUGCAACUUAAUUCUCUAUAUAACCUUGCCCCUCAGGGGCAACAUCUCACCUUCCCCCAGACACAGGCUGCUCACGGAGCAUUUCCCGGUAUCUAUCAACCAGGGCAGACAGUUGCUUCACCUUCUACCCUUUUGCAGCAGUCUCAAGCUGUCGCUGGGCCUAUUGAAACUGUAGGCCUGCCUCCAGGAUCUUAUCAGCAGCUACCGCCUUCACAGAUCAAUUGGAAUUCUAAUUUUUAGGAUGGGAAACAUGUUCUUGGUGCCAUAUUGUUAAAAUGCACAUAUGAUGUGCUCAAAUCCACGAAGAAUGAACACUGGCCUGAUCUGAAGUGUAAAUAACAAAUGCGGCCAAAAAAUGAGAAAAGAAAUUAGUAACUGUUUUUGGUGCUGACGAUUUUGAAGGGUGCUGCUAGUUGCAGGUUUUAUAUUUAUUUUUAUUUUCGAGGUUCAGUUUAUUCAUCCCUCACAUGUUCUUUUCCCCCUUAGAAACAUGUAGUUGUUGGUAUAAGGACCUUUAGAAUUCCUGAUGAUAUUAUACUAAGCCAAGAGUUCAAUAGAGUUGGUGAGAUUUUUCAAUUUUUCCGUUCUCAAUUCUCACCUGUAUACUACAUUUUGAUAGCUGAAGACAUUGAAUUAUACUGUUCUAUAUGGUUAAUGACAAUUGUAGAAUCUAUUUUUCUUCAGUAA